AUGGAUCCUUUCACGAAGAAGCUGUACGAUAGACCGAUCAACGGGAAGUAUGUCUUGAUCGAGAGGCUCGGUAAAGGUGGCUUCGGUGUUGUCUACCUCGCAAAGAAUAUAGUGAACGAAGAAGAAUUGGCACUGAAGCUAGAGCAUCAUUCUAUCGAUCGGUCAUUUCUGGAGGAGGAGGCCCGGAAGUAUGAGGCCUUCCAAGAUGUCGUCGGGUUGCCGAAGGUGUACUGGUUCGGCCGGCACGACGAUUUCAGAGUUAUGGCUUUCGAACUGCUCGGCCCCAGUCUUGACGAUCUAUUUGCAUAUUGCGGGCAUCGCUUUUCACUCAAGACGACUCUCAUGAUUGCAGAUCAAAUACUCGUCCGACUUGAGCAAAUCCACUCCAAUGCAGUCGUCCACCGCGACAUCAAACCUCAGAACUUUUUACUUGGUACUGGUACAACCGGCAACGUGAUAUACGUCACCGACUUUGGACUAGCUGACGGGUACACCAUAUCUUGCGCUAAAGCGAAGGACGAAAUUCCUCCACGGUCGCGCCUGGUCGGUACUGCUAGAUUCGCCAGCAUCAAGGGACACCAGGGACACGCGCAGUCUCCAAAGGACGAUUUAGAAUCGCUCGGUUACAUGAUAGCCUUCUUUUUGCUAGGGAAACUGCCAUGGCAAGGCCUGCAAUCUCACGGGAGGGAAGAGAAAAAUCGCGUAGUCAUGGAGAAAAAGAUAGCAACCUCACCGGAGCAGCUCUGCGAGAAGCUGCCUGCAGAAUUCGCGGAAUACAUGCAGGAGGUGCAGGACGUCCCCAAUGGAGGUCGACCACACUAUGAGAGAUUUCGACACAAGUUUCGAGAGCUGGCUAGGAAAGAGGGCGUGAAGUAUGAUAAUGUGUUUGAUUGGACGAUACGCCUAUUCUCAGAAGCUGAACCGGCGACGUCCGAGCGCAGCAAGCGAGCUGGUGUGCGAAGAGAAUAA